AUGUCUAUGAUCAUGGAAAUCCUUUUUAUCCUCCUGGUAGCCCUCACCAUGGGCUGCCCCUCCACCUACGCCAUGCCAAUCAAUGUUGAUUUGGCCAAAACCAAGCCAUCGAUUUCCAUCCACACAGGGCCCAAGGUCGGGCUCGGUAUAAGCAUCCCUUUGAUUAUUGGAAUAGUUGUCGUCGUCUGGCUCUACCUCCAGCGCCGCCGAAAGAGGGCGGCAAAUAAGGACCGAGAUAAUUGGCUAAGGGAGCUCUCGCUGACAACACAACGGGAGCUCCUCUGGCAUCCAACCGACCCCUACUCUUCCUGUGAAAUUAAAAAGCCUCCCAGGGAGGCAAUUACCUCCAUGCCCCAGCAGCCACCAAGCUGUGUGGUUAGAGAGGGCCGAUUACUUCUGUGCACAUGUCACCGGCCCCUGGUACACCACGUCGAGAUUAGGCGCGCCGAGAUUAGGCGAAGUAUCGGGGCCGGUGAUAUGUGCACCAUUCUGGAGGAGUGA